AUGGCUUCGUUUCUGGACAAUGCGUACAGCCUGGUCCACCAGGACAAUACGGCUGAUCAGCCGUCGCUGCAAGACCUCAAGUUGCAGCUGGAAAAGGGCACCGACGAGACCAAAUUGGAGACCAUGAAGAAGAUUAUCACAAUCAUGCUCAAUGGCGAUCCGAUGCCUCAACUACUCAUGCACAUCAUUCGCUUUGUUAUGCCAUCCAAGAGCAAGCCUCUGAAGAAGCUUCUGUAUUUCUAUUAUGAGAUCUGUCCCAAACAUGACGCGAAUGGAAAACUAAAACAAGAGAUGAUCCUGGUCUGCAACGGAAUCCGAAAUGACCUGCAGCAUCCGAAUGAAUACGUGCGCGGUAAUACGCUUCGAUUCCUCUGCAAACUCCGCGAACCAGAACUCAUCGAACCUCUGCUCUCAUCUGCCCGGUCGUGCCUCGAGCAUCGUCACGCCUAUGUACGGAAGAACGCAGUCUGGGCAGUAGCUUCGAUAUAUCAACACUCUGAAUCCCUAAUACCUGAUGCACCGGAGCUCCUCCAUUCGUUCCUUUCGUCGGAGAGCGACCACACCUGCAAGCGCAACGCAUUCGCGGCACUCAUGUCCAUCAGCCACCAGAAAGCCUUGGAGUAUCUGAGCUCCACAUUUGACAGCAUACCGAAUGCCGACGAGCUACUUCAGUUGGCAGAGCUCGAGUUUAUCAGGAAAGAUGCGGUGCAAAAUGCCCAGAACAAGGCGAGAUACCUGCGGUUGAUCUUUGAUCUCCUCGAUGCGUCGGCUAGCACUGUCGUUUACGAAGCUGCCACAUCCCUUACUGCCCUCACCAGCAACCCCGUCGCUGUGAAGGCCGCGGCCUCGAAACUGAUCGAACUCUGCAUCAAGGAGGCCGACAACAAUGUGAAACUUAUUGUCCUGGAUAGGGUUGACCAGCUGAGGAUCAAAAACGAGGGUGUCUUGGAUGAUCUGACGAUGGAGAUUUUGCGUGUUCUGUCGAGCCCUGAUAUCGAUGUUCGACGAAAAGCGCUGGGAAUCGCUCUGGAGAUGGUUUCUAGUAAGAAUGUGGAGGAAAUCGUGAUGCUGCUGAAAAAGGAGCUUGCCAAGACCGUGGAUGAGCAGUAUGAGAAGACUGGUGAAUACCGGCAACUUCUCAUCCAAUCUAUCCAUCACUGUGCCAUCAAGUUCUCGGAAAUUGCUGCUAGUGUGGUUGACCUGCUGAUGGACUUCAUCGCCGACUUUAACAACAACUCCGCCGUUGAUGUGAUUUCUUUUGUGAAGGAGGUGGUGGAGAAAUUCCCCAAGCUACGACCGUCCAUCCUCGAACGCUUAGUAUCCGCACUCGGCGAAGUACGGGCUGGCAAGGUCUACCGCGGUGUGCUCUGGGUCGUGGGCGAGUAUUCUUUGGAGGCCAAUGACAUUCGCGAAGCCUGGAAGCGAAUUAGAGCCAGCCUUGGAGAGAUUCCAAUCUUGGCUUCGGAAGAGCGACUACUGGACGAAGUUCAGGAUGAGAAUGCGGCUCCCACGGAGCAGGUCAAUGGCCAUGCUAAGCCAGCCGCUCCAACUGGAUCGAGAAAGGUUCUCGCGGAUGGAACGUACGCUACUGAGAGUGCCCUGACAAGUCAGGCGGCUGCGAAGCUCGAAGCUGUAAAGGCCGCUCAGAAGCCACCGUUGCGUCAGCUUAUCCUGGAUGGCGAUUAUUAUUUGGCGACAGUGCUUUCGUCAACAUUGACGAAGCUCGUUAUGCGCCACGCCGAAGUUUCUCAAGAUACAGCUCGUACGAACGCCCUUCGCGCGGAAGCAAUGCUUAUCAUGAUCUCUAUUAUUCGUGUUGGUCAGUCGCAGUUCGUCAAAGCUCCUAUUGACGAAGACUCUGUGGACCGGAUCAUGACAUGCGUGCGUUCGCUGGCCGAAUUCUCCGAGAGGAAAGAACUGGAGACGACCUUCCUUGAGGAUACACGGAAGGCGUUCCGAACGAUCGUCCAGGCUGAGGAGAAGAAGCGGGCCGCCAAGGAGGCUGUGGAAAAAGCCAAGACUGCUGUGCAGAUUGACGACGCUAUCCCCAUUCGACAGCUGGCCAAGAAGAACGUCGGGGAAGGCACCGACGAGAUUGAGCUAGAUCUGAUCAAGGCGACGGGUGGUGAUUCUACGUUUGAGGAUCUGUCAUCGAAGCUCAGCAGGGUUGUCCAGUUGACAGGUUUCUCCGACCCUGUCUACGCUGAAGCCUACGUGAAGGUGCACCAAUUCGACAUUGUUCUGGAUGUCCUGCUGGUGAACCAGACGACAGAAACGUUGCAGAAUCUGUCGGUCGAGUUUGCGACCUUGGGUGACCUUAAGGUUGUCGAACGACCGACAACCCAGAAUCUCGGACCGCGCGACUUCCUGAAUGUGCAGGCCACCGUUAAAGUUUCUUCCACGGACACUGGUGUGAUCUUUGGCAAUGUGGUCUAUGACGGACCAAGUUCCACGGAGACCCACGUGGUCAUCCUGAAUGAUGUGCACGCCGACAUCAUGGACUACAUUCAGCCUGCUUACUGCACCGAGACUCAGUUCCGGACCAUGUGGACCGAGUUCGAAUGGGAGAACAAGGUCAACAUCAACUCGAAGGCCAAGAGUCUCCGGGAGUUCCUCAAGCAGCUCAUAGAGAGCACCAACAUGACCUGCCUGACCCCUGAAGCGUCUCUUCAGGGCGAUUGCCAGUUCUUGAGCGCCAACCUGUACGCUCGUAGUGUGUUCGGUAAGUUCUUCCGCGUUUCUAAAUACUCCAAAGAUGGUUUGCUAAUCCUCACUACAGGCGAGGACGCGCUGGCCAACUUGAGCAUUGAAAAGCAGGGCGAAGACGGACCCAUCACUGGAUUCGUGCGGAUAAGAAGCCGCUCGCAAGGUCUUGCCCUGGCCUUGGGUUCUCUCAAGGGGCUCAAGGCGAAUUCUGCAUAG